ACAGCAGCAUGACUCGAGUUAGAUGUGGUUCCAUUUUUAUCUCGUACACUGAGUGUCACGGGUUCUCUGCCAUUUCACACCUCGCACUUUCAGUUUUUAACCACUUGGUAAAACCAAGCAAAGACUCAGAGACACGGGCAUGACUGCAUCAGCAGUCUCGUGUUUAUCCUUCCUAAAAACUCCUUUAUUGAAAUGAGUUCAAGCUUUAUUUUUCUCCUUUCAUCCAGAUUCCAACUUCUGUGGCUCGCUCCAUACUUUUGGACCCACUGCUCGCUGUCCAGCUUAGCCAGCAAAAAAAUACGUCAAAUGCUUAACAAUGCAACGCCAAUUCCAAAAGAGUUGGCACGUUCUUCAAAAUGUGCACAAAAACAAUGCAAUGAUUUGCAAAUUUCAUAAAUCUGCAUUUUAUUCAUAAUAAUUUAAGUAAAUGUGCCAUUUUAAGAUGUGAUGGCAGCAACAUGUUGCAGAAAAGUUGAUAUGGAGGCUACGAAAGAGGUGAAGUUAUGUUUGUGUGUAGUUGUAUGAAGCAGCUGUUGCCAGUUGAGGCCCAACGUGAUCGGCUGUGGAAGAAGCAUCUUAGAGACAGUUUCGCAGAAAUUGUGAAAUAUGCAAAUUGUGAUGAAAGUUUUAGAACUUAAAGACUCAAUAUGUCUACAGUGCAAGACGUCAAAAGAGGCCAGAAAUCAAAAACUUUAAUAAAAACAGACAUGUGCCUGUUGUGGAAAUCACUGCACGGGCUCAAAAACACCUCCAGAAAUCACUGAACAGAGUUCACUGUGUCAUCCACAAAUGCACAUUAAAGACAAGAAGAAAUCUGAAGAGAAGCCACGUGAUCCAGAAACGUCCCGGCCUUCUCUGGCGGAAAACUGUGAUGGAAUUUAAAUUCUUAUUUGAAAACUUGGCCUAAAGACGAGAGGGUCCAUCAGGCUUGUUGUCGGCACCAAGCUCAAAAGCCUCCAUCCCUGCUGUCACGGGGGGGUGUCAGUGUCUGUGGACGUGGACUAUAUGCUGAAAGGUAUUUACAGGUUUUAGACCAACGCAUGCUCCCACCCAGUGGUGUCUUUUUUCAGGCAAGGCUUUGCAUAUUUCAGCAAUACGAUGCUGAAACACAUGAAUCUGUUACAGCAGCAUGGCACCAUAGUACACAGUGUGCUGAUCGAUGUGCAGUCCAGUUUCACCAGCUGCAAACAUCUGGAGCACCAUGAAAUCACAAAAAUACAACAAGGCCAGAGCUGAUUUCUGUUUCAGCCCCCUGACUUCACAGCGAGUGGUCGUUGUACUUAAACACCACCUGGUUAUGUUCAGUGAUCCGUGUGAGCGGCCAGUUAACAGUGUGAUGAUGUUGGUCAUGAACUUAAAGUUUUGAAAGGAAUACUGGGAGUGUGUGUUGAGUGUGAGAAGAUCAACUUCAAGCCUGUAAACACACCAACAAAGAGGCUGUUGCACCUUUGUGCUUUAGCAGGGCGGGGGAAUAAUCCCAGUUUGCACCUCGAGCUUUACAGCAGAACGUGUCCAUUGUUUGUUAAAAGUUGACCCAUGUGCUUUGAAAUGAGGGACAACUGUUCCUGUUCAAAUAAUUACAGAGUAGUUAAACUGUGUUUUCAGUUAUGGAAACUAUGAAUAAAGCCUUAAAUACACUUUAACCCUUGUGCACCAUUAACCUCGAUGCAAGAGGUCAGUAAAGUGUCAGACUGGAGGCGCUGUGGGUCUUAAUGGUUUGCCAGCUUGUUGUAAGUGCAGAACUUGCAGGCAGGAACAAAAAGGCCGAGUUAAAGGAGGCUCGGCCCCUCCUCCUCCUGUUGCUCAGUCACUGUGUCAGUGGAGCACUGACGAGCAGCACCGGAGCCGCUCUGGAGCGUUUCGAGCCAUUUUCAUCUCUGCUUUGUUCCAAUUUGCUGUACUGAAGGAUGCGUGUUUGAUAUUUACCCGGAGACUGUGGACAGCAGGUCAGCUGCAGGUCAGCUAUGAGGUAACAGCAGAAACACCUGUGCACACCGGGGUGUAACCAAAGGGAUCAACAAGCAUGGAAGGAGGGUCUGCCAGAGAUUUGUGAAGACUUACCGACUUUCAAAGGCAAACAGAAAAAGGUGGGUUACCUGCGGGACGGGGGAAAGGCACGCCUCCUGGCCAAAGGAACAAAUAGCGGACCUCUUGGUGUCCUCGCCCGGUCUUCAGUCUCCGUGUCUGUUCUUGCUGGAACUUCGGGAUGUUGUAAAUGUCAGUGCUGAGAGCAACAGAUGAAGAGGCUUGAAUCGUUUUGCCUGUGAGGCAUUAUGCUGCUGGAGACAGUCGACGGUGGGUUGUGACGGCUGUGAAUCCAACAUGGAAGCGCAGAAGGAUGAAGGCCGAGGGCCGUGGUCAUCUUCGCCUCCCGCUCCCUCCAGCUCUGUCUGCUACAGGAGCGGUCUCAUACUCUUCCUCCUCUUCUUCCUUAUUAUUGGCAUCUUUGUCGGCCUGGUUAUAGCGUACCUUGUGCAGGAGCAGCAUCAUUUCAUGGAGACAGUGGAGCUCAGAGGUCUGAAGUACGACGCUGCACUGCAGGAUAAAAGCUCUGGUUUCUCCAUAGUACUGUCCUCAGUUUUAAAGUCCAGGAUUAAAAACGUCUUCACCGCCUCAUCCAUAACACGUCACUUUGUUGAUUGCAGCAUUGUUGCCUAUGGUAACAUUAACGGAGAAGUGAUGGCGACGCUCCGACUCGUCUUCAGGGUGUCCAAGAUCCAGCAGUAUUCAGAAAACUUUGUUCAGGACUUGCUGAGUGCAGGACUCAGCUCAUCGAUGCACGGGAAACCGCUGGAGGUGCCUGAGUUUGGACAGAUCGACGCCGUCAUCCUGCUGGGAGCCAGUGGAAAGUCAUUUUAUGUUAUUGGAGACAGUAUGAUAGCCAGCUGUCCUGACAACACUUUCACCUGUGACAGCGGAGAAUGUGUCACUAAAGUAAACCCAGAGUGCGACUUCGUCCCAGACUGCGCAGAUGGAUCUGAUGAAGCUCGCUGUGCCUGCGGUACGCGUCCUGCCACGGGGAGUCGGGUGGUGGGCGGUGAGGACGCACGGCGAGGGGAGCUGCCGUGGCAGGUCAGCCUGAGGUUCCAUGGGCGGCACAUCUGCGGAGCCACCAUCGUCAAUGAACGCUGGCUCGUCAGCGCAGCUCACUGCUUUGAGAGGGUCAAUAACCCCAAAGAAUGGACAGCCCUGGUUGGGGCGACGCUGGUGAGCGGUGAGGAGCCAGAGUCCAGAACGAUUAACAUCAAGUCCAUAACUGUGUCUCUAGACUACAACCCCAUGACCACGGACAAUGAUGUAACUGUGCUGGAGCUGGAGACGCCUCUCGCGUUCAGCUCUUACGUGCAGCCUGUCUGCAUACCCUCCCCAUCUCAUGUUUUUGCACCUGGUCAGAGCUGCAUUGUGUCCGGUUGGGGUGCCGUACACCAGUUUAGCUUCACGCUGCCCUCCACGCUGCAGAAAGCUGUGGUCAAAGUCAUUGACUCCAAGGUGUGCAAUAAGUCAUCUGUGUACAGAGGAGCGAUCACUCCAAACAUGAUGUGUGCUGGAUUCCUGCAGGGCAAGGUGGACUCGUGUCAGGGGGACUCCGGAGGACCUCUGGUGUGCGAGGGGGCCCCGGGAAGAUUCUUCCUGGCCGGGAUAGUGAGCUGGGGUGUGGGCUGCGCUCAGGUCAACAGACCUGGGGUUUAUUCCCGUGUUACCAGGCUCCGUAACUGGAUUCUAAGCCAGACUGAUCCCACCUCGGUUCAUGAUUAUGGCCAGCAUGUUCCCACAGUGACAGAGUUUAAUACCCCACCAGCACUCGGGACCUCAGCUGAUAAUGUGUCGUCUGCAGCAGUGCUACCACUGUCUGCCUUGAAUUGCAGUGGAAACUUUGAGUGUAGCUCCACUUCCUGCAUCAGCAAGGUCAACCCGGAGUGUGACAGAGCCGCAGACUGUCCCAAUGGGGCUGAUGAAAGAAACUGUGACUGCGGCGUGCGCCCUGCACUGGGCUCCCAUAGGAUCGUGGGUGGAGUCACAGCUCGGAGGGGAGAGUGGCCUUGGAUCGGGAGUCUUCAGUACCAGAGGCUUCACAGAUGCGGUGCCACGCUCAUUCACAAUAGGUGGUUACUGACUGCAGCGCACUGCUUCAAAAGUGACUCUACUCCCAAUAACUGGGCCGUGAGCCUGGGAUCUGUGCUGCGAUCGGGGGUAGGAGCCCUGGUCGUUCCCAUCCAGAGGGUAAUCAUCCACCCGGCCUUUAAUGGCACCAACAUGGACCACGAUGUGGCUUUGCUGGAGCUGGCCGUCCCAGCCCCGAUGUCUUACACCAUCCAGUCUGUCUGUCUUCCAUCACCAGUACACCGCUUCUUAAAGAACGCAGAGUGCUACAUCACAGGGUGGGGAUCCAUGAGAGAGGGAGGUUCAUUGACCAACCUGCUACAGAAAGCUGCUGUGAACAUCAUUGACCAGGCGGACUGUCAGCAAUCAUACGGUAGCGUUCUGACUUCAAACAUGAUGUGUGCGGGAUUCAUGGCGGGAGGUCGGGACACCUGCUUGGGAGACUCUGGAGGGCCGCUGACGUGUCGUCAGCCCUCCGGUCAGUGGUUUAUCGCUGGAGUAACCAGCUGGGGACACGGAUGCGGCCGAGUCGGUUUCCCGGGAGUUUACACUCGUGUGACGUCUAUCAGGAGCUGGAUAUCCACAUACCUACCCUUCUGAUGAAGGAAGAACUGUGUCUGCAGAGAACUGAGGUCAUGCUAAACAGCCACACACAAACACUCAGUGUGCACAGCCCUGACCUUUGUGACCCUCCGGUCACGGGUGCUGGCGGUAGUGCUGUGCUUUACCUGAACUGAGGAAACAAUCCUGAUCUGUGCCUUAAACAUUCAUUCACGGAUCAUUUGGAGUAUUUAUUAGUUAUUUAUUGUCAUGGAUGGUAAACACACUGCACGUGGCUUUGUGUAUUUUGUGUGGACAAUAUG